UUACAACUCAGGAUGCAAGACAGCCAUGUCAAAUAUUGUAAUGUCCAUAUGCAUGUGUCUAACCUUAUUGUUCCUUGCCCCAGUCUUUAGCUACACUCCUCUGGUCGCGCUCUCGGCGAUCAUUGCAUCGGCUAUGAUCGGACUGAUCAAGUGCAAGAAGUUCUACUAUCUAUACAAGACAGACAAAUUUGAUUUCUUGAUUUGUAUGGUGGGGGCACUUGGUGUUGUCUUCAUUAGCAUGACCUACGGCCUCGCCUUAUCGAUAGGACUGGCUUUAGUUAGGGCACUUCUAUAUAUAGCAAGGCCUCCUUCCUGCAAGCUUGGAAAGAUGCCAGC